AUGGCAUUAUUAAUUGCAUUCACAAGUGAUGGUGGUAAAAAAUUUACCACUAAAGGGAAUGAUAUCAUCGAGAAGAACCAGAACAAGGAAAGUAAACGUUCCAUAAACAGGAAUCAGGAUGUUAUUUAUGUCCUGUCAAAUUAUUCUGGUGCUGCUGUUUGUUGGACAGAAUGUUUACAAGAUGUAAUGAUGGUUGUUGUUCUCAUGAUAAGAAUACAAUUUACAAUUUCAACUGAGAACAAGGGAAAGACUUGGAAGUGUAACGAUUAA